UGAAAUUUUGGGCGGGUUGGGAGCAUAAUUAGAUACUCUCUGAGCCAUUUGUUCACCGAUUUAGCUUAUCCCGGAGAUUCUAUUAAAUUAUGAGGGGCGUUACUCCGCCGCAGAAGUUUUCCGUUCCGUCGCCGGACGAUGACGCCGAUAUAAUCCGACCCAACACCGUCAUCCCCGGCGGCGUAACCGUGGGCGCUGCUAUGCGAAAGAAGGCCACCGGGGUACGUUCAUGGCUUCUGUUGGAUUCAACUGGACAGACCCAAGUUGUGGAAGCCGGGAAACAUGCAAUUAUGCGGCGGACUGGACUUCCGGCUCGUGAUCUUCGCAUAUUGGACCCACUUCUCUCGUAUCCAUCUACUGUGUUGGGUCGUGAACGGGCUAUCGUCAUCAAUUUGGAGCAUAUCAAGGCUAUUAUUACCGCCCAGGAAGUCCUCUUGCUCAACGCUAGGGAUCCCUCUGUUGCUCCUUUUGUUGAAGAGGUUCAACGGAGAAUUUUGCGUCAUCACCAAGCUACCAAGUCCCAGGAAGCUGGAGGGGGUGGCAAUAAUGCAGACUGGACAAAUCUGUAUGAUCUGGAAGAGCCUCAGUCUGAAGAAGUUUCACCUCCGAACGUCUCUGCAAACUUCCAAUCAAUGGAUGAGAACAAGGCUGAUGGGAAGCAGCUAACGGGUGAGAAUCGAGAUGGGCCGAAGCUUCUCCCUUUUGAGUUUGUUGCUUUGGAGGCAUGUCUGGAGGCUGCUUGCAGUUGCUUGGAUAAUGAGGCAAGGACACUGGAGCAAGAAGCUCAUCCUGCUUUAGAUAAGCUGACUUCAAAGAUUAGUACUCUCAACUUGGAACGUGUUCGUCAAAUCAAAAGUCGCUUGGUUGCUAUUACAGGACGUGUUCAGAAGGUGAGAGAUGAACUGGAGCAUCUACUCGAUGAUGAUGAAGAUAUGGCGGAGAUGUAUUUAACUGACAAGCUGAUGGAACAACUUGAAAAUUCUUCUGUUUCCUCUAUAAGCGGACAAGAUGGCAUCGAUGAGGAAGUUAUUCAGUCGAACAUGGAUGAUAGGGUUCCUGUGGAAAUCUCAAUGGAUGCAAAUGCAGGUUCCACAAGUUAUGAUGCAGACACUCCACAUAUUGACCAACACCAGGAACGUUUGUAUGGUGGCCCUAAUGCUCUUAGCCGAGGUAGUCGUGGGACACAUACUAGCACGACUCGGAGUGCCAUAAGCAAGCAUCUUGACGUAGAGGAGCUUGAAAUGCUCCUAGAAGCAUACUUUGUUCAAAUUGACGGUACAUUGAAUAAACUGAACACUCUACGUGAGUAUGUGGAUGACACAGAAGACUACAUCAACAUCAUGCUGGAUGACAAGCAGAACCAUCUGUUGCAAAUGGGAGUCAUGUUAACAACGGCAACUCUUGUGGUUAGUGCCUUUGUUGUUGUGGCUGGAAUUUUCGGUAUGAACAUUAACAUUGAACUGUUCGACGAAAAAAAAGCUGGGAUGCCGGAAUUCUUAUGGACAAUCGGUGGUGGUGCCACUGGCAGUCUCUUCUUAUAUGUAGUUGCAAUUGCCUGGGGUAAGCACAAGCAAUUGCUCGAGUGAACAGAGAGAAUUGUGAAGAUAUUGACAUGUAAUUCAAUUUGACAGAUAAAAAAACAAGAUAAUGUGAAUUAUAUAGUGUGCUAUAUAACAAGUGUAUCUGAUUCUCCGAAAUAAUUAUUAAACUUGAAAAUGUAUAUUUUAGCUCAACCAUGUUUUUUUUGAUGAAUGGUUUCAAGUGAUGGAAUUUAUUUUA